GACACCUAGGACUCGUGUUCUUAGAAUUCUCCUCCUUUACCCCAACUCCUCCUCCUGAAGCCCUGAUUUACGACGAAAAACAUUCGAUGAAAACGGUUCCUGGGUUUUAGAUCUCACACACAAAUCUGUAUUCUUUGAAAGAGGAAGAUAAAAAAGAUAACGUUAUUGGGUUGCGUUGAUGUUUGGAUCAUCCUUGUUCAAUUGUUAUUAUUUUUAUUAGGGCGAUGGAAGUCGAGGAGUUGGGUACGAAGCCAAUUGGAGUUGGAAUCGAAAGGAUGGGUUCUGGAAAAGAUCGGCUUAAGGUGAAAAGGAAGACCUUGGAGAUGGUCCUCCAGCAAUGUCAAAUGGCUCUGGAAUUGCUUAGUGAAGCUGAUGACGACACUGACGGUGUUAGACCGGCGGAAGUUGAAGAUGAAGAGCAAGAGGGAUCGUCGAUCCCCCUCGUUGAUGAGGAGACCCAGUUAUGCGAUCUUAUCCAAUCAAGACUAGAAUGCCCUGAUUUCAUUCAAAAGAUAGAGAAUGCCCAAGUGUCAAUUCCUCACAAUGUUGCUGACGAAGGUAGUUCUUGGGAUAUGGUGAACAAAAACGAUAUAUGGGAUAGUGGAAUUGAUGAGCUGGACCAGGAGGAUUUUGUUCUUGUUAGGGAAGAAGAUAUAGUUGAAGGGAUUGCGUGCUUUAUGGCUGCAUACCUGUCAUCUCUUAAACAAACAAAGGAUUUGACCCCUAACCAACUUCAGGAUGCCCUGAGUAAGACAUUCUCCUUAAAGAAGAAAAAGGGAAAACUAAUGAAGGCAUGGAAUGGAAGCAAAGUAAUUUAUAAUGUUGCUUCCUGGGGUGCAACAGCCAUUGGCAUCUACCAAAAUCCUGCUAUUCUAAGGGCAGCUUCUGCGGCCUUCUGGACUUCUUGCCACGUUAUAUCAAAGCUUUUCUAAGCUGUCUGUGCUGCUGCUGUUAUGGUGUUUCUAAGUUGCCGAAAGAUGAAUAGUGGUUGGGGAAUUCAUCGAAAUUGUCACAUAAUUGUCACUCCCCUUGUGUUAUAUAUAAAGCAUCAUUCUAUUGAUUAUGUUUCAAAUGCAACCAUGUAAAUACUCUUCAUUGCAAGCAGGACUCCUUUACCAUUGAUUUAAAAAUUUAGUCUUGUUUCUCC